AUGCUGCUGCCGCUGCUUCGGAGGAGCUGCUUCCCUUCUUCGUCUCCCGGAGGCGGCGGCGGCGGCGGCGGCGCGGAGCGCGUGGAGGGGGCGCGGGGGCCCGGGGCGCGCGGACGGCGGCCCGAGCGCGAGCCGUAUGCGUGCAUGGAUCCGGGCGCCGCGCUGCACCGGCGGCCCGCGGGCGGCGGCCUGGGCGCGGUCUCCCCGGCGCUGUCGGGCGGCCAGGCCCGCCGGAGGAAGCAGCCCCCCAGGCCGGCCGACUUCAAGCUGCAGGUCAUCAUCAUCGGCUCCCGCGGCGUGGGCAAGACCAGCCUGAUGGAGCGCUUCACCGACGACACGUUCUGCGAGGCCUGCAAGUCCACCGUGGGUGUUGACUUUAAAAUCAAGACUGUAGAACUAAGAGGGAAGAAAAUUAGAUUGCAGAUCUGGGACACAGCAGGGCAGGAGAGAUUUAACAGCAUUACCUCAGCCUACUACAGAAGUGCCAAGGGGAUCAUACUAGUAUAUGACAUCACCAAGAAAGAGACUUUUGAUGAUUUGCCAAAAUGGAUGAAGAUGAUUGAUAAGUAUGCUUCAGAAGACGCUGAGCUUCUCCUGGUCGGAAACAAGCUGGACUGUGAGGCAGACAGAGAGAUCUCCAGGCAGCAAGGAGAAAAGUUUGCACAGCAGGUAACUGGGAUGCGGUUCUGUGAGGCCAGUGCCAAGGACAACUUCAAUGUGGACGAGAUAUUUCUGAAGCUCGUUGAUGACAUUCUGAAAAAGAUGCCUCUUGACAUUUUGAGAAAUGAGUUAUCCAAUAGCAUCCUGUCUCUACAACCAGAGCCGGAGAUCCCACCAGAGCUGCCUCCGCCCAGACCACACGUCCGAUGCUGUUGAUUGGCUACUUGGAAGACAGUGCAGGCAAUUCCUAGAAGGGGGAAACCAUUCUGUUCUGCACUACAAUCAUGUGACAAUUUCCUUUCGCACUUUGUAACCCAAGUCAGCUCUACACUAACUUGUAAAUAUGCACAUAUGCAAUCCUGGGUAAGGUUAUAAGUUGCAUACUUCCCUUCAAAUUAUAUUUCCUCAUUUCCCCAGUGUCUAGUGUACAUACACUGGGAGACGUAGUACUUCUAAUAUGAAGAAUGGGAGAGGAGAAAGGCAUAAAAAUCUCUCCGUUACUAGAAAUGUCCUUGGUAAUUACACUACAAGGCAGACACUCCGGUGACAAGAGAGGACCUGGUGCUUCGCUUGCUGUUUCAAAGAAACUCUACAGAACUGAAGAUUUUUUGAAAAAGCUGACAUGACGACCACUUUUCGUUAUUUACGAGGCUUUCCAAGAUGUAGCAUCCUGAGGUUUGGAGUGUCUCUGCCCCAAAGCAAAGCUCCUUUCGCAGCCACCACAGAGGCUUUUUACAGGGUACAUAGUGAGAGGGUUUCCUAGGUAGAGGGCUGGACUGGACGUGGUCCUGUGGCUGCAGAAUCCUGUGGGUUUCCCUUUGGCUGUGAACUGCUCUAAGAAGGACAGAGAUUCGAUAGAGAAGGACUGUUGGGCUGGGAUUAUAGCUCAGUGUUUGAGCAUUUGCCCAUCAUACAUGAGGCCCUGGGUUCAGUCCCCAGCAUCACAAGGAAAAGGAAAAAAAAAAGAAAGAAAGAAAAGAAAAAAAAGAAAUAAAAAUAAAGAAGCAUUUUUAAACUAUAGAAAAGAUUUUAAACCAUACUGCUGUCCUACACAAAUCCUGUUUAAGGGGAUUUUAAGAGCUACAUUUUAGUAUAUCAAAGAAUACACAUGCAUUUGCCUAAAACAUUCUGUAUCUUUGUAAUGAUAAACUUCUCCCCUUGAUGGUGAAGCUUAUUCCUAUUAAGCCUAGACUGUGUUCAAGUUUUUUGUUAUUUUUUGGGUUUUUCCCCCCUUUGGUCUGAUAAGGAAUUUGUGAACUCUGUCUUUGGUAUAUCUUUUCUUAAACUGCACUGUUUUGUUUAGUCAGGGUAAAUAAGUACAUAUUGAAUAACUUGCUGUGUCCUGAGUGUUGUGGUAUGAGAAGCAUCGUGGUCUUUCUACACUAAUGAAGUGCAAAUAAAAUUUUGUAUUUAUGAAUGACA